CAUCUCUCUUCUCUCUCUCUCUGAACUAUCUUGCUAGCAAAACUAAAAGCUCUAAGAAAUUAGCUUUCAUGGACCAGUUACCGAAAUGUGAAGCCAAUUAUACCCCUCUCACCCCUAUCACUUUCUUGCAGAGAGCCUCUUCGUUUUAUGCCAAACGAACCUCUAUCAUUUACGAGGGCACCCAGUUCACGUGGGGGCAAACGUACGAGCGCUGUCGCCGCCUUGCUUCCUCUCUCCGUGCGCUCAACAUAGUCAAGAACGAUGUUGUUUCUGUGUUGGCUCCUAACGUUCCAGCCAUGUACGAGAUGCAUUUUGCGGUGCCUAUGGCUGGGGCUGUGCUCAACACCAUUAAUUCCCGGCUCGAUGCUAAAAACAUAGCCACCAUUCUCCGCCACUCUGAAGCCAAGGUGUUCUUUGUGGACUACCAAUAUGUCCAGGUGGCAGGCGAGGCUCUCCGGAUUCUCGUCCGUGACUCAAAGGUGUCCGAGUCCUCCAUUCCUUUGGUGAUUGUCAUCGAUGACAUUGACUCCCCCACCGGCGUCCGGCUCGGCGAGCUCGAGUACGAGCAACUCAUCCUUAAGGGCAAUCCGAGAUACGUGGGAAGUGCAAUAGCGGACGAGUGGGAUCCGAUUGCUUUAAAUUACACGUCGGGAACAACAUCAGAGCCGAAAGGAGUGGCUUACAGCCACAGAGGAGCUUACCUGAGCACGCUUAGCUUAAUUCUCGGAUGGGAAAUGGGGAGUGAGCCUGUGUACCUGUGGACGCUUCCGAUGUUCCAUUGCAACGGGUGGACUUUCACGUGGGGGAUCGCGGCACGUGGUGGAACCAACGUGUGCCUCCGAAACACCACAGCACCCGAAAUAUACCGGAGCAUUGCUUUGCACAAGGUGACACACAUGUGCUGUGCACCCAUAGUGUUCAACAUACUCCUCCAGGCGGAACAGAGGAUAAAAUCUCCGGUUCAAAUACUCACCGGAGGAGCACCCCCGCCAGCGGCGCUGCUGGAAAAGAUCGAGCCGUUGGGAUUCCACGUCACCCACGCUUACGGCCUCACCGAGGCCACCGGACCGGCGCUCGUGUGCGAGUGGCAGGGGAAGUGGAACCAGCUGCCGCGCGACGAUCAGGCGAAACUCAAGGCACGUCAAGGGAUCAGCGUGCUGACGCUUGCUGACGUGGACGUAAAGGAUUUGAAAACAAUGGAGAGUGUGCCCCACGAUGGCCAAACUCUUGGGGAGAUAGUGCUACGUGGAAGCAGCAUCAUGAAGGGUUAUUUCAAGGACCGGAAGGCCACGUCGGAGGCUUUUAAGGGUGGCUGGUUCGUAACCGGCGAUGUCGGCGUCGUUCAUCCAGAUGGGUAUUUGGAAAUCAAGGACAGGUCCAAGGAUGUCAUCAUAUCCGGCGGCGAAAACAUCAGCAGCGUCGAAGUGGAGUCGGCGCUCUAUAAGCAUCCGAGAGUGCUGGAAGCGGCGGUGGUGGCAAUGCCGCACCCCCACUGGGGAGAGAGCCCCUGCGCUUUCGUCGCCCUCACCAAGAACUCUGCCGGAAAAACCGACGACGUGAGAGAGGCGGAGAUCGUCUCCCAUUGCAGGAAAAAUCUUCCCCAUUUCAUGGUUCCAAAGAAGGUGGAGUUCCUGCCGGAGCUGCCAAAGAACUCAACAGGAAAGAUUCUGAAAAAUGAACUGAGAGCAAAAGCAAAAGAGCUUCUCGUCUCCAACAAGUCCAGCCGCGUCAAUCCGCAACGAACAAACCCUCCAUAUGGCGAACAGAAUCUGCAGGCCUUUUCCCGUCUCUGAAAGUUUUUACUAAAAUCGGAAUAAAAAAAAAUCGUGUACAGCGUGCUUGCUUUGUCUAGAUGUAUUAUUUGUUUUACAGAUAAUGAGGUUACCUUGUCGGAGGUCUGAAGAGAGCUAAUUAAUAGAAAUAUUAAUAAAAGUUGCUUUUUA